CACCCUCGCCUCCUGGUGGCGAAAUCCGGGACCCGGAAGUGAAUGCUCUCUUGCCCAAAGGAAAAACAGCACGCGUUUUUGGACACAACCGCCAAUUUAUUAGGCUGAAGCAUGAGAUGUUCUUUCGUGCCACAAUAAUGGAACCGUCUUACAGCUCGGUGCUGAGAAGCAAAAGAGUGAUAAACGUCCCACAAUAGCAGGUUUGAGGUCAGCUGCUUGCGGUGUGUCAUAGCACAGCAUGUUGGUGACGGCGUACCUCGCCAUCAUCGUCCUGCUUGCCCUAUGUGUCGGCCUCGAGCUUACAGCACGCCGUCUCAGCCCAUUUGAGCCUACCAAGACAACCGCAGCCAACCCAGCUUUUCGCCGCUUCCAGAACGUCUUCCUCCGGGCCUACCUCCUGGCCCUGUGGGCGGACUGGCUCCAGGGUCCUUAUCUCUACAAGCUCUACCUCCACUACAGCUUUCUAGAGUCUCAAAUAGCCAUCAUUUAUGUGUGUGGCUUGGCCUCGUGUGUGCUGUUUGCUCCCUUUUCAGGCUGGCUUCCCCAAGCACUGGGCCGGAGACACACAUGUCUACUUUUCUGCUUGUCGUACUCUGCCUGCUGUCUCACCAAGCUGUCCCGAGACUAUUUUGUUCUGAUUAUCGGCCGCAUCCUGGGUGGUCUGUCCACAUCCUUGCUCUCCACCACGUUUGAAGCCUGGUACGUGCACCGGCAUGUUGAUGUCCACGAUUUUCCCAAAGAGUGGGUCCCUAGCACCUUCACCAAAGCUGCCACAUGGAACCAUGGGCUUGCAGUGGGGGCUGGCCUGGUGGCUAACUUAUUGGCCGAGUGGCUCCACCUGGGCCCCGUGGCUCCUUUUCUUCUAGCUGUCCCCUGUUUGGUGUGCUGUGCUUGGGUGGUGUUGACCGACUGGGGCAAGGAAGAAGCAGAGGAACGACCUGAAGGUGACAAACAGACACCUCCCGUCGCAAGGUUGAUUCUCUCCUCCACAAAGGCCAGGUUUUCACGCAGUUGCCACGAUGGACUCCGGUGCUUGCUGUCAGACAGGAGGGUCAUGCUCUUGGGUGGCGUGCAGGCUCUCUUUGAAAGUGUCCUUUACAUAUUUGUUUUCCUGUGGACCCCAGUACUGGACCCUCACGGGCCUCCUUUAGGCAUUGUCUUUUCCUGUCUAAUGGCUGCCUCAAUGGUUGGGUCCUUAAUGUACCGCCUCGCCACCUCCACCCGCUACCGCCUACAGCCAGGCCACGUGCUCUGCUUGGCUGUUCUGAUGGCGUUUUUCUCAUUCUUCAUGCUGACUUUUUCCACGGCACCGGGCCAGCCGAGGCCUCACGAAUCCCUGUUGGCCUUCUUGCUGCUGGAGCUGGCCUGUGGCCUCUACUUCCCGGCGGUCGGCUUCCUCCAGGGCAGAGUGAUCCCAGAAGAGAAGCGAGCCGGAGUGCUGGCUUGGUUUCGCCUACCUCUGCAUCUCCUGGCCUGUAUUGGGCUGUUGGCGCUCCACGGUGAGGUGUCAGGCACAGGCGGUGGGGAAGGGGGCGGUGGUACAAGACACAUGUUUGGAGGCUGCGCGCUCAUGAUGCUGGCAGCCUUGAUGGCUGUCGUCAGUUUGUUCACACUGGGCAGAAAUGACUCGGACCUCAGACUGGAGGGAGCCAGAGGAGAAGGCGAAAUGUACUGAAGGACAUCACAAGUCUUAUUGCUGUCAGUUUCACCUCUGUCGUGUCAUUUCUUUGCAGCUGAGAUUCGAAACCAAUAAAGGGUCAGAAAAUGCACGUUUAUGUAAGAGGUUAAUCAGGUACUGAUGUGGUCUUUAUUUUUUUUUUUUUAAUCUGAAUAACCGUGUUAAUGCAUCUUUUCCAUAUCUGACAGUGAAUUGCUCAUGAAAGAUCUGAAUAAGGGUGUUUAAUCAAUUUACAUGGUACAGAGUGUGUGCUGACAAUCUGAUUAUUCAAUCCCAUAAGUGGACAUCACAAUAGUUUAAGCCUUUCUUUGAAGCAUUCACAAAAACAGUGGCACACCUGGCUUUAUCUUCUUGACAGUUUGUCAUUAUUUUUUUUUUAACAGACUGGUGAUAAACUCCCCUAUGAAAUGUGUAAAUCUUAUUUCAUGAGAGUGGAAUGAAAUAAAUAAUCUACAUGGCUCUACAAUUAAAACCAGGAAUUUUUUUGAUGUGUGAUCAAAAGUACAGUGGUGUUAUCACUGACUCACGUAAUGUUUACAGGAUUGAUUUGAUGUGGGCCAAGUUUGGGAUAAAUACUUGUCCACAUUAUAAAUCUUGAUUUUUCAUAAUAAAGUGCACGUGCGGUACACUGA